UCUGGGUGCGUUGGCGCCGCCCGUCGCCUACGUCACCCAUUGUUUACAAACCAACCGCAGCGGCGACGGCAGUGUGGCCGGAGCAAGGGAAGGAGGAGGUUGAGUUUGUUGCGGAGGUGAAAGGAGACGUGGAGAUGCCUUGCCGGCGGACGGGCGGAGAAGGCUUGCUUCUGCUGCAGAGCGGCGCCUCGCCGGGCAAAGAGGUGGACGCUUUGGUGGCCCGCUUGGGAGAAGUGCUGCAGCUCAGCAACUCGGCGCCGCCCGACCCUCCAAGACUGUUGGCGGCGCCGAAGCGGGACCGGGCGGCGCCGUAUUCCUCGUUCUUCGCGGCCUCUUUCCACCGGCUGCUUCCUCCGUCGGAGCAGCACAGCGGGAAGCAGCUCUGCGGACGGGGCUGGCUGCGGAGGAGGAGGAGGAGCCCCAAGCGGCAUCUGCCCCGCUGCUCUUUGCAGGAAGCCGGCGGAGGAGGAGGCGACGACCCGCAGCGGCUCCUCCAGCAGCUCAUCCUCUCCGGGAACCUCAUCAAGGAAGCCGUGCGGAGGCUGCAGCGGGCGGCGGGAGAAGCCUCCGCCUCGCCGGACUCCUCGGCCGCCUCCUCGGCCUCUUCCUCGGCCGGGAGCUGGUGCCCAAGCAGCGGGGGCGAGGAGGAGGAAAGAGCCUCGCCGUGACCCCUUCUCAACCACCUCGCCAUCUUCCCGUCUCCACUGAGCAUUUAACCCAGUUUCAAACCGGCAUUGAAGGACAAGAGGAAAGCCUGGACCCUGCUCGGCCCUUCUGCACAGAAGAGAUUGCAAAGGAAUAUAAUAUAUAUAUAUAUAUUCCAACCCAUAAGUCAAUAUAUUUUGUUAUGUUAUAAUGCAGGCAUGGGCAAAGUUGGGCCCUCGAGGGGUUUUGGACUUCAACUCCCAUCAUUCCUAACAGCCUCAGGCCCCUUCCUUACCCCCCUCGGCCGCUUAAGCGGCCGAGGGGGGAAAGGAAAGGGCCUGAGGCUGUUAGGAAUGAUGGGAGUUGAAGUCCAAAACACCCAACUUUGUCUAUGUCUGGUAGAAUGAAUGAUCAAUAAAAACCACAGACGCCGGAAGAGCUGCAAGUCCAUGAGAUCCAUCAAGGGAACUUACCACUGACUGCAUAGGGAAGCUGAUGAAGAAACACAACUAUCUACAGACCUACUAAGAAAGUCCAUUUGGAGGGCCCACGUUUCCCAUACUUGGUCUAUGCCAUAACUCGAUGCUAUGUUGUUGUUUGACCAGGCCUUUUAGCCUCCUCUUGCCAUGAUGUCUCCCCAUAGCAGUUAAAAGUGGAGGCAAAUUGCAUUCAUUUGACAGUGUAAAUGCAUCCCGAGGCAUGCGAAGGCCUUUUGUCGCACAAAAUGGUCAGUGCAUCUGGAUAAAUCUACAUCGGAGAACCAUGGUGAGGCUCUUUUGCAUUUAGCAGUCAAGAGUAUGUGGUGACUUUGGAUAUAAAUGCAGUGGGCACAUCUACACAGGCCUCUUGAACCACCAUGGCUCCAUGCAGUGGGUUGUGUUUUGGCACUAUUGGACAGAGAAGGCUUUGUGUAACUCCAAAUUUUAUGUGUUGUCGAAGGCUUUCAUGGCUGGAAUCACUGGGUUGCUGUGAGUUUUCCAGGCUGUCUGGCCUUGAUCCAGAAGCAUUCUGUCCUGACGUUUCGCCCGCAUCUAUAGCAGGCAUCCUCAGAGGUUGUGAGGUAUGUUGGAAACUAGUCAAGUGGGGUUUAUAUAUCUGAAAUGUUCAGGGUGGGAGAAAGAACUCUUGCCUGUUUGAAACAGGUGUGGAUAUAAACCUCAAUUGCCUAGGAAAACUCACAGCAGCCCUUAAAUUUUAUCAUUGCAUACCACUGAUCCGUGUCAGUUCAAAUGGUGUCAAAACUGCACCAGUUCCACAGUGUGGACGCAUCCUCGGGUCGAGCAAAUCAUGGUGCUACCUUGCUUUGGACAGCUUCCCCUCUGAACCCUGCCUGGAUGACCCAGAUCUGCCUCCUGCGCCAGGAUUUGGACAGCUAAACCCCCUCCUUCCUCUGUUUGACUCUUAAGGGGGGAAAGGGGGCAUCUGGAGGGGGGUCUUUCAUCCUAAAGAUGGAUAGAGCGAGAGACUGGAUUGCUUAAAGGAAAGACUCAAACACAAACAGGGUUGAAAGCUGCUGUGACUUCUCUUUAUGCUUUGCUUUGGUCAAGGUCACCCUUAAUUUUUCUGCCUCUCCUGCCCUGGUUCUGUUUUGGAGAGAAUUUUGGAGAGAAGGUAAUCCUAUCCCGGCUUGUUUUGACUGGGACAAGAAGGACCGGCCCAGUGUGUGUUUUGCAACGAAUGGGAGUCUCCUGAGGACACACGCACGCUGCUGGAUCCGAGUUGUUAUUGUUAUUGUGUGGGCUUUUUUUUAAUAACCCCCUCUUUUCUCUCCGCCUCUCUCUCUCUCUCUUCCCCCUCCUUCCACGUCCCUUCUCUCCAAGAGCUCCUCCUCUCCCUACAAAUGCCAUUCUCAGAAAGGGGCUCGUGUUACAGCCCUCUUUCUAAGAAAUCCCUUUUGGACUCUUGUCCCUGGCUCCCCUUUGGCUCUUUCCAACCCAAGUCUCUUAGGGAAGAGAUCUGUUUGUUUUUUACUUCUCUGAUCUUUUUAAAAAAAUCUCUUGUUGCCAGCCAUUUAUUUCCUCGGCCAGUCAAUCCUGGAGGACAAAACACAUUUUCUCUCUGGUUCUGAUUUGUCUCAGGAUUAUGUUUCCACAGGCUUUCCCUCCCCCAGUCUAUGGGGAUUUCAUCCUCCGCCUCAAUCCUUGUUUCAGGGCUACAUGAAGCCUAUUUUUUAAAAAUUUAAAAAUGUGAAUAUUGAAGCUGGAAAGCAGAUGUAGCAAUAGACUUUAAGGAUGAGGUGACGGCGCGUUGUUCGCUGAAGGGAGCUAAACACAAACCGAUUCAAAAACUAAAUAAACAUACACACAAAACCUCAAUAGCUCAAUCAGCAGAAGAAGCUGUUGACAAAAUUAUAUAUAUAUAUUAUAUACACUUCGUAACGGAGUGUUGAAGUUGUGUUCCUGGUUUUCAGGGUUUGUCUUUAUUAUUAUGUCUGUAUUGAAUAAAUCUGAUAGACUUUUAUAUAAAAGA